AUGCCGCCGCCGCGCCGGUCGUUCUUCGCGUGCGCGGCGGUCGGCGGCAAGGUGUUCGUCGCGGGGGGCCACGACGAGGAGAAGAACGCGCUGCGGUCGGCGGCCACGUACGACGCCGAGGCCGACGAGUGGACGGCGCUCCCGGACAUGGCAAGGGAGCGGGACGAGCCCAGGGGCGUCUGCUUCGGUGGAAUGUUCGUGGUGAUCGGCGGGUACCCGACGGAGGCGCAGGGCCGGUUCUCCGGCUCCGCGGAGGCGUUUGACCCGGCCACGUGGUCCUGGGGCCCCAUGGAAGAACGGGUGAUCGAGGAUGGCGCGUGCCCGAGGACUUGCUGCGCGGUGCCGGACGCCGCGGGGAGCACGAUGUACAUGCUCCGCGACGGAUGCGUCGUGGCGCGGGACGCCGAGGGCGGCGACAGCUGGCGAACGUUGGCGCGCCUGCCGGAGGACGCGCGCGCGGCGACCACGGUCGCGUCCAUCGGGGACGGCCGUGUGGUCGUGCUCGGCGCUGAGCACACAGUGUACGUCCUGAGCCACAACCAGACGACGCCGUCGUGGACGCGCGUCGCCGCGCCGCCGGAGUUCGCCGGACAUGUGCAGGCGGCAUGCUGUGUACAAAUAUAG